AGCACAUAUCGUCUCGAUCUCAGUAGGUGUCUCGUUUUAGUUCUUAGCAAGAUUGCAGACUAUUCUCUAGCCAUGUCAUCUUUAUACAGACUUAGAAAUAUCCACCGGAAUACCACCGGAAUAGAUGCUACUGCACUAGAAUGCUUUUUAUGUACAAAACGUUUUACAAACCCGAAAUCAUUACCAUGUAUUCAUUCAUUUUGUCUUGGAUGUCUUGACAAAUUGGUGAAAGAAAGCAACGGAAAGAUCACUUGUCCAAUUUGCUUUGAAGUCUGCGAAAUUCCCACAGGUGGACUUAAAAAAUUGCAGGACAAUAUUUUUAUCAACGGAUUGUUAGAUCAUGUGACUAAGCUGGAACAGAAAUCGGCACCUACCUGUGGCUGUAAGAAGGAAGCAUCGUUCUCAUGUCGAGACUGUGAUGAGUUGUAUUGUGGAGAUUGCAAAGAUGCUCACAAAAGAAUGAAGAUUGCGAAAGACCACUCUAUAAUUACCAUGAAAGAGUACAACACUAUUGAUCCUGUGGAACGUCUUGCAUCAAAACCGGUAAUAUGCUCCGAACAUACUAUGCCGCUUCAGUUCUACUGUGAAUCACACAAAAUUCCCGUUUGUGUCGGAUGUACACAGGUCCAACAUCCAAGAGAUGGUUCUCAUGAAAUAAUAGACAUAAAGGAUGCAUUUAAAGCUUUCUCUGAAAAUGCAACAGAGCACAUUGAAACAGCAGAUAAGACUUUACUUAGUGCACGCCAAAUGGUGGAAGCUUUGAAAGAAAAGAAGGAAGCGGCGAGCUUAAAUUACUCAAAAUGUAAAAAAGAUAUCAUAAAACAAACUGAAGACCUCUACCGACUGAUCCGUCAUCAUAAGGAAGAACAACUGCAGAAUCUCGAAGAAUCUCAUAAACAAAAAAUGAUAAUGCUUGAAUCUCAAGUUAGCAAAGUGGAAUCUUCUAUUACUAAAUUGUCCAGCAUGCGUGGAAUUACUGAUAACUUGACAAAGAGCCCUAAUAAAGUUAUGGCAUUAAUGAAUAGUUCCGUUGCUUCUGAAAAGCUGACUAAACUUCUUUUAGAUGAAGACAGUAGACAACCUCAAGAAUUACCUACAUUGAAUUAUAAUCUAAACAGUAGGUUAUCGCAAUCACUGGACAGUAAAGUUGUAGAGAGGCUACGUGGAGAAAAAACGCUUCUUUCACCUAAUGAAACAACGAUUGAAGUACACCAACAAGGUGUACCUUCCAAAAUGGCAAGAUUUCUAGGUGUUAGGCUGGAACAUACCCUUUCCAUAACAACUCGAAAUGCGUUAGGUGAUAUUAAGCAUAUCAUUGAUGCAAAAGUAAAAUGUUUAGGAAUAGAUAGAAAGUCGAAUAACAAGAUAAUUGAUGGUGUUACUGUUACAGAUGAACAAAAUGGUUAUUACCAUAUUUCUUCUGUCACUCCUUUUACUAACUGUACAAUAAUAUGUUUGAUUAUCGAUAGAUCCAAUGUAUAUGUGAAUACAAUAGAGUUUGAUAAGCAUGGGAAAGGUUCUACACACGGAAUGCAAUUUAAACCAUUUUAAAAUUAGAAAUGUUGUAAAUGUCUUAAUUACGUCCUCAAAGAUUGUUUAAAAUGAGGGUGUUCAUUUCGAUGAACAUCUUACCAUAAACUCGCAUGAUUCUGUAUUUAAACAGUUAACUUUUACUUAAGAAAUAUUGCACGUAGACCUAUUAGAAAAUGCAUUGCCCAAAUAACAUGUACUCCAGUCAUUAGUGUUAAUUAGACUUGAUUACUGCAAAUCCUUAUUUGCAAGAUUGAUAAAAGUAAAGUAUUCAUCUUACCAUAAAAUCGCAUGUUUCUAUAAUUAAACAGUUAAUUUUUACUUAAGAAAUAUUGCACGUAGGCCUAUUAGAAAAUGCAUUGCCCAAAUAACAUGUACUCCAGUCAUUAGUGUUAAUUAGACUUGAUUACUGCAACUCCUUAUUUGCAGGAUUGAUAAAAGUAAUCUUAAAACCCUACAAGUGCAAAAUCGGUAAGUAAUAGUGCACCUUUGUAUCACAAACACGUUUUAAAUCAGAUAUGAACUUGGUAGGACCAUGGUCUCAUAUCCUCCAAAGAUGUUACAUUACUCCUAUUCCACGUACUUAGACGAUUAUUGCAGAUAAAUCUUUUUCAAAUUUUGAACCAAAUUUAUGGAACGAUUUUCCCCCUGUCAUCCGUCUCCAAUCUAAUUUCAAUUCUUUUAAAUUCAUUUACAAUGAAUUUAGCAUCGAUUGAUGGAACUGCAGAUUAACCUGGCUGUUUUCUGUUUCACAUAGUUCAGUUUAUGAUGUAGGCCUACUUGAAAUGUCUUUGGUUUGUGUUUUUAUUGUGUUUUUUUUUUAAUUAUGCUUGUUUUUCGUGAUGUUAAAGCUUUAUUGAUUAGAUUGGACUGGAUUUUAAUAAGAUAUAAUAAUUAGAGUAUUUGU